AUGUUACGUGUUCCAAAUUGUCCGUCUGAUUUUAGACAUGUUCGUUCUCUUAUUUGUAAACCGUACAAUACAAUGAUUUUUCGGGAAAUUAUGGUUUCUUGUCCAUCUUGUCAUAAAAUCUCAACUGAUACUACACAUUGUUCAACAACUCCAAAUUGUGUUAAUAAGGAUAAAUUCAUCAGUAAUCCAACAAUCAAUCAUAUUCUUCAAGUGGAGCCUCAAAUCAGAUCUAUACUUGAAAGAAAUCAUCUAAUGAUACCGAAUAAUAAUGAAAAUUUAGUUCGAGAUAUUAUUGAUGCACCCUUUUAUCGUAAACUUCUUCAUGCAGAAUCUGAGCCAUUCAUUACACUUUUAAUGAACUCAGAUGGAGCUGUUGUUAAAUCUAUAUCUCGAUCAGUUUGGAUCACAACGUUUGUGAUUAAUGAGCUUCCAUCUUCUGUUAGAUUCAAUCGUGAAAAUGUAAUUAUUGCUAUGGUCUCUAUGGGGUCUGUAAAACCCAAUAAAAAUGAAAUGCAAAUAUUUUUGGAACGACUUGUACAAGAACUUUUAUAUAUUGAACGCUACGGUCUACAGUAUACACCUUUCUCGUCAUCGACACCAACAGAAAAACUCGUACAUGUUUUUCUCAUAGCAGCCGUUUGUGAUAAACCAGCAGCAUCACUACUCAUCAAUCAUACUGAAGCAGGUGGUUAUUUUGGAUGUAUACACUUUACUCUUACUCGAUUAAUUCAUAAUGGAAAUACUCCAACUAUUGAAUUACUUCGAAAUAUUGAUCUAUUGCAACAAACAUGGUUAUCUUUAUCUGAUGUAUUAGUACCACCUGAGCUGAAAUUAUUUGAUCAACAAAUUAAUAGUAGUAUGCGGCAAGCAGUUCCUUCAAAUUUGUUGUAUUCCCAUCGAAAGACAAUUCGAUUUCAUAAAAAAAUUCUUCUAUCUUCAUUGGCACCUGAUGUGGCUGACUUCGUCAUUAAAUGCGUUGCGCAACGACCAUUCAAAUUAUUCAAAACAGUUUUCUUUAACCAGCAACGAUUAUCAUCUGAUCCUAUCGAUACUCCUGAAAAAACAAAUGAUGGGUGUGUAAUGUAUAGAAGAAAUGAUGUACCAUCAAUUGGAUUUUUGGAGACAAUCAUUUCUUUUGACAAUUGUCGUGAACCAGUCUUCGUUAUUCGCCCGGUUGUUCUAAUUUCAUCCGCCGAUUCUAUGCGGUUAAAUAAUCGAAUUUUUAAAUGUACUAAUGUACUUUAUGGAACAUGCGAUGAAACAACAUUGGAAACUACUACUUUAAAGUGCAUUGUCCAAAAACUUGCAUUUCGACCUGGAAAUGACAUUAAAUUUCAUUCUGUUUGUAACUCCAUGUUUUUUUUUCAAUAUCCGAAUCUCAGUGGAAGCACAUAG